UGUGAAUAAUUCAGCAGACACACACUGAACAUCGUGGGAACCUGGAAAGUGACCACUGACCACCUGGUUAGUGGUGUGUGAGGGUCAGCGGUGUGUGGUAAGCAGAAGGAAGGCAAGGCGGAGCAACACUGUGCUGUGAGUACCUUAGUGGGUGAGAGGUGAUGGAGAGGAGGGGAGGGCCAGGCCACACCCACCUCCUGCCAGCCCCAUGCACCCAGCGGCCACCCCUGCCAGACACACAGAGUGGCCAUGGUGGCAGGGCAGCGUGUUGACUCCCCUCUCCUGUGUGCACCACCAGUCCGCUCACACACACCCACACUCACACACACGCACACACGCGUGGGUGCACGUAGCUGAGGGUGUGCCGCCCUGGUAGAGGCGUGCCGUGAGUGCCGGCCCGCUGGAGGGUCACAAGGAGAGGAGGAUGGCGCGGGCCAAGAAAAAGGUGACGUGCCAGGACUGCGACCGUACCUUUGGCCGCAAGGGUGAGCUGCAGCAGCACCGGCGGGAGGAGCACAGCCGCCGCAAUAUGUGUCCCAUUUGCAAGCGCGGCUUUGAGUCCGAGAAGCGACUCAAGAUGCACUCGCAGUUCCACAACGUGGACGGCGAGUACAAGUGCUUCUACUGCCCCAAGCGCUUCAACAAGGCCUGGAAGAUGAAGAUCCACCUGGUGAACCACAGCGGCCGGCCGUCCUAUGUGUGCGAGUUCUGCGGCGAUGACUUCCUGUACCCUGGCAAGAUCGUGGCGCACCUCAAACACGUGCACGACGUGUGCUACGCCUGCAAGGACUGCGGCCGCGCCAUCCCUAUCGAGUACAGCCACCGGCCACACAAGUGCAAGAUCUACGGCUGCAAGGACUGCCUCAUGGCCUACGCCACCGUCCAGGAGCUGGCCCUGCACACCGCCGACCUGCACCGCGACCAGUGCUCCUCCUCUGCUGCCACUCCCCAUGGGGAGGCCCCGUCCUCCCCACUGCCCCGGGCACCCUCACACGACCCCUUCCAGGGCGCAUCCCCGACCAGUGGCGACACAGAGGAGGACGACGAGUGUGACCGCCUGAGUGUGACCUGGUGGUGGUGGAGGAGGAGGUGGGUGAUGGUGGUGGUGCCCCGGGGCCGACUCAGGGCAGCAGGGGCCAGGGUGAGUGGGGCAGCCCAGCAGGCAUCCCCCACGUCCCCAUUCCACCAGCAGGGUAGUGACAGUUCCUGGAGGGGCAGCCCCAGCCCCAAUGUGCGUGAGGGGCCCUGCAGUGCUGUGCCCCGGCUGCCCCGGGAUGUGUUGGUGAGCCCCAGCCCGCCCGGCACACCCGCCAGGUGCCCGGAGGACGGCGGCCUGAGAGACACUAGUGAGUUGACUCUGGUGGUGCAGGGACACCGCGCCCCACCUAACACGUCUGUGAUAAAGAGUGAGGAGGAGGAAGACGAGGAGGAGGAGGAGGAAGAGGAGGAUGAAGAAGAGGAGAAUCUUCCUCCAUCGUACAUCUCUUCGGUGUUGCUGCGGUCGCCCACUAGCGGCCUGGGCGGCAGGUUCAAGGUGCCGGAGUCGUCCCCCGGGCUGUGGAAGAAGGUGGAGUCCCCGGCGGCGCGGUCACUGCGGCGCAAGCAGGACGAACUGGACCGGGUGGGGCGGCGGGGCGACCUGCUGGACACGCUUCACCGCUACGCUGACACAGACGCCCGGCUCACACAGCGCUGCCAGACCUCCUUUGAGUCAUGGCUGGCUAGCGACUCAUUCUCCGCCCCGGACCACGACUAUGUGUUCGGCUUCGAGGCGAGCGUGUCGGUGGGCCGCCGCCGCGAUGACCAUCUCCGCCACCACCACUACCACCACCACCACCACUACUUCAACAAGAAGCUGCCAGCCAAGGAGAAGGUGGACAUGACCUUUGAGGACCUCUGUCUCUUCUGAGCCGGUUGAGGCGUGGACCUCCUUGCUGCUGCUGCCGCUGCUGCUGCUGAGGCCUAGCCUGGGUGGGCUGACUGGUGGGCUGAUGGGCUUUCUUGGCCAUUGGGAAGGUGGAUGUGACUUUUGGUGACCUGUGUCUCUUCUAAAGGAGGCGGGUCAGCUCCUCACUGCUGCCGCCGCCCGCCGCUGCUGAGGUCAGGAGCGGACUGAUUGGUUGGUGUGUUUUCUGGAACAUCUUUACCACGUGCCACACUUUUUGUCAAUUUCUUCCGCUGAGAGAGAGAGAUAGAGAGAAAGAGUUUAAUAUAUACCUGAUACACAUAUUAUUUAUUUAACUUAUAAGAUACAUAUUAUGAGCUUUAUCUUUCUGCUGCAAGGGAGGUGAUGUGUGUCCCUUCAGGAGGCGGCCCAGUCAGUGGCAACCUCUCGGGUACAGUGCUGACCCUGUGACGGGAGUACUGAGGUAGUGUUUGUGUCUGUGUUGAGGAAAGUGUGCUCAGUCACUCUUGUCUCACUCUGCUGAAUAGAAGUGGUUGCCCUGGUCACUGGUUCAUUCUUGUCUCACUCUGCUGAAUAGAAGUGGUUGUCCUGGUCACUGAUGCCUUGGAAACCAGUGAUGUAUGUGUCGUUACUGCCAUUUCUCAUUAUCUUUCGUAACCAAACCUAACCCAACAUAGCCUGUCCUGCAAUUUCUUAUUUGAUUCUAAAACACCAUGUGAAAGCACUGGUGAUAUCUCGAUUCCUUUUACAUUAUCUUUCCCAACCAAACCUUACCUUGUACAAUCUGAUUAAUUCUAAAAAACAGCAUUAUGGAGUCACUGAUGAUACAUACACCAGUAGAUGAUACAACACCACACACCACAAAACAUAUAAAUUGAUCCGGCAGUGUGAAACAUUUUGAAGUCACUGAUGAUACACACACUAGUAGACAGUACAACAUUACACACCAGAAAAAAAUAAUAUAAUUUAAUCCAGCAGAGUGAAACAAGUGUGAUUCAGCAACAACUCAGCUUUCAGUAAUUACAAAAGAGGAAAAAUAACACAUACCAAAAAAAACCACUUAAUUUAAUCUGGCAGAGUGAAACAAGCGUGGUUCUGCAACAACACAGCUUUCACUAAUUACAAAAGAGGAAGAAUAACACCAUUCCAUAUUGACAUAAGAGGAAAUACUGCUUGCCAUUUGUAUCAAGCCAGAUAGUUUCCCUACACACCAGUAUUUGCUCACACCACUCACCACUACUUGCCCUGUGUGUGUGUGCGUGUGUGUGUAGCAGCAAAGAGUCUGGUGUUUUCCUCAGUGGUGCUAGAGAUGAGUGUCCACGUGUAUGCAAGCAGAUGUCAGGGUUAGGUAAGAUGUAGGCGUGGUGUAGACAUAUGUUUAAGGAGGGUGAGGGUGAUGCUGGAAGUACAAUUGGAGUGGCUACUGUGUGUCUGCUCUAAAGUUGCUUCUGGGUCUCAGUCUGAAUGGUGUUUUUGUUCUGGUUGUUCCCCCCAGCACACCUGUUUGUCAUCCCUUCACUAGUGUUUGUUAGGGUCAGAUCUUGAGGAAAACCAUGUGAUCUUGUAAUAAGUGCGUUGAUCGACAGAAAACAAGUAUUAUUCACAUCAAAUCAAUGAUGUUCUCAGUAAGCUGUGUUUGAAAUCCAGGAGCCAUUUUACAGCAGACAGGCUAUAGCAGCAAUGUAUGUGUGUAUUCAUUAGAGGCAGUGCAGGAGUGGAUGUUGUGAGGUGUUUGGGUGUUGGGUUUGGGUGUUGCGUUUAGUUUAGUCCUGCGUUUGGUGUUUCUGAUGUGUUUGGUGAUUUGUUUGGUUUAUCUGUGUUUAUCGUGUUUGUGUUUGUUUUGUGUUGUGGUUUAGUUAAGUUUUGCGUUUGGUGUUUUUGGUGUGUUUGGUGUUUUCUGUGGUUUAUCUGUGUUUAUUUUGUGGUUUUGUGAAGAUUAUUAUUAUUAUUAUUUUUAUUUUUUUUUUUUUUUUUUAUUUUUUUUUUUUCAUGUUUUGUGUUUUUGAUACAUUGAUUUGACAGGAAAGGCAAAAUUUUUCUCCUGUUUUCUUCUUUGUGUUUUUAGCUUGUUUAACAGUUUAGUGUGUGUGUGUGUAAAGCUUUUCAUGAGUUUUAGGCCCGACAGUUUAGAGAAGACAAAAUUUUCUUCAUAUUCCUUUUAUUUUAUGCACUAUUUGUCAAUUAUUUUGGUUUAGUAAUCUAGUGAAGACAAAACAUUCUUGUAUUUUUUUUUUUUUUUUAUUAUUUUAUUUUAUCUUAUUUUAUUUUUCUAUUUAUUUAUUUUUUUUUUUUCCCCAAGCGUGACGUAACCAAACCUAACCUAACCUAACCUGACGCACCUUAAGAAUAGUGGAGGUGUCUGGUGUUCCUGUGCUGCCUGUCUCAACACCAAGGAUUCACGUGGCAUUUUUGUACAUACUACCUCCAUUGUAACGUGUCAAUUCAGGGCCGGGGGAGGGGCUCUCGUCCAGCUAGGGAGUGUGGUCUGCUCCCUUUCAGUAUAAGACUUGCACUUGAGAUGUUACUCUGAAACACUUCUGCGCUGCACCCCGACUACUUUCCAAAGGCUGGAGGUGAAGCUGCUUGGGUUGUCAGGAGUGCUUUUACAGUUGUAGUAACAGAUUGAGUUUUCUGAAUAAUGAACUGGAGAAACACUCUUAAAAACCCAGCCAGUCACCUCUUGAAGCAGUAGUGGUGAGAGUGAAGUGUUUGAGAGUACAGUCCUCACCCACACUGUAGUAGCAAACCCCAGCUCGUCUAGACAGGAAGAUGUAGAGAAGCUGGGGUGUAUUUGUGAUCUGUGUACAUGUUCUUCAGUGCUGUUCCUAAGACUGUAUGCAAUAAUGUUCUGCCUGCAUAGCUGUACCUUUAAGACUGUUAGCUGUAGAUCAUGAUAUCCUGGAUGCUCACUGAUUUCCCUGCUGCCAUGGAGACACUGUAUUUUUGAUGUCUUGACUGUAGCAAUAUGUGGGAGGGAUGGAGGGAAAGGGGUUACAUGCCUCAGUCACUAUAAAGGUCAGUGGGACUUUUUUUAAGCAGUGAAGAGGCCAGACUCCUUAACACUGUGCAGAAAAGGCAGUGUUUAUGAUGUGGCACCCUCAGGAAAGAGUGCACUGGUAGAGAAGGGAGGAGCUCAAAAUUGAUAGGGUUUUUGUGCCACUUUCAGCUAGACAGUGCACUGGCUGAGCUCUGUAUGACACUGAGUAGCAGAGGCACUGUUUAACAUUUAGAGGAGGGUCAGGGGUCAUUGUGGCACCUUCAGCAAAGAGUGCACAGGUAGAGGAGGCAAAUGUUCAAAAUUUCCACUUUACCCUGCAGUUUAAGUCUUUCAUAUUACCGUACUAAGCAUCAGUAGAUAGGGAGGCACCGGCGACCAUCACGCCACCACUCACCACUCACCACUCACCACUCUCAGCCGCCUGCACCAAAUUGUCCAUCGUGCAAGUGGAACGCAAAAUUAUUAGGUACAAAUAACCACUAGUGUAGCCGUGGCAGUGGACCACCGAGGCUCCCCAUGGAGGAUGCCGUGCCCCUGAGUGUGUUGCCGGCCAGGGGCAUCUUGGUGUCUGCUGUAACAAAUCUCAAACUAGAGGAAUAAGUUGCGCUGUUGCUGUCUGUAUUUGCAUUGCUUUCUGGAUUAGAGAGACGAGAGAUAGCGAGAGGUACUGAGAUGUCAAGAGGUUUCAAGACAUCAAAUUUUCAUUUCCUGAAUGUUUCAACACUGGUUCUUCCUCACUGUCCCCUCUCUGCAGAAGAUUCACAGUCAGAACACUUGAGAAGUUACUAUCAUGUGUGUUGUUCUGACUUGUUUCAUGGCAGAGUUAGGAGUCACCUUGUUUGGUAUCAAUGAGUGUUUUUGUUGUGGUUGUUCCCCCAGCACACCUGUUUGUCAUCCCUUCACUAGUGUUUGUUAUGGUUUAUCCUGCAUUGAUUGACUGAUAGACUGGCUGGUGUUUUGUUGUCAUAGGUGAUGUUCUGUUUGUGUUAAGAAUGAUCUAGUCUGAAGGUGGCAUUGUACUGUUGUGUGUUAGUGCACCAGGGAGGGAUUAGAAUAGCAGUCUUGUGGUGUGUGAGGGAAAGAGUGAGAGGUGGAUGGAAGAGAUAAAGACACAGAGAGAAAGAGAGCAAGAUGUUCUAUGUAGGAGCUCAAUUAGUCGUGUUUAAGGAGUCAUACAGGAACAAUGAGUGGAUGUACGUACUGUGAAAGGAAGAAGAACAGAGUGAUUUUCAAGCAGUGCAGUAUUGAUUUAAUCUGUUUAUACCUAAGAGAGAGAGAGCUGUUCUAUAUAGGAGCUCAUUUAGUCAAGUUUUGAAGGAUUUAUAAGGGAAUCAAGAGUGGAUGUGCUGUGAAGAGGAGAGGAACUGAACAAUUAUAAGCAUUACAGUAUUGAGUUAAUCUGUUCAUAUCUUAUACUACAGCUUUAUACAGGGGAUGUUGGUGUGUAGAUGGGCAGGAGGUUGUGUCUGGCCAUGCUGUGAAGGGAAUGGGAAGGAAGGAAGGAAGUUUAUGAAUUGCUACUGGUUAAAAGCACGUCUUUCAGUAUUGGGUUGAUCUGGUUUUGUUUCCGUUACAACGACUGAUUGCUGUUACUGUCACUGUUAUUGCUGUUACUUGUAGAGGAAGAGAUCGCUGCACUGGAUGGAAACUUGUAAAACUUGUAAAAUCUUUGUCUGUUUCAGUAUUGAGUUGAUCUGUUUACUACUACUAUUACUACUACUACUGUUAUUUCUGUUACUAAUAUGAGAAUGAAUAGAGUUGGCUGUUUUUGAUGAUUACUACUACUAUUACUACUACUACUGUUAUUGCUACUACCACUAUUACUACUACUACUGUUAUUGCUACUUCUACUACUACUACUACUACUGUUACUUCUGUUACUAUUAUGAGAAGGAAUAGAGAGAGGGCAGUUUUUGAAGCAAGGAAGAUGGAUGCAGUUGUAACAUUAUCAGAGGAAAGACAAACCCAACAGUGUCACUUCACAAAGCUGGCAAAACACACACAAACCCAACAGUCACUUCAUAAAGCUGGCAAAACACACACAAACCCUACAGUCACAGAGAGAAUUACAAUAAACAACAAAAAGACAAGUUACAUACAAUUAUUAUUACAGCCAGAAAGAAUUACAAUAACAACAAAGACAAAUGACAUACAAUUAUUGGCAUUACAUACAAUUACACAAACCCAAGUGUCACUUCACAAAGGUGGCAAAACACACAGACAAAUAAAGUGUCGUAGAUUUUCUUUACUGAUUUGAGGUUGUUUCUGAGUCGCUGCACAUCAUUGCUAGGAGACCAGUUUUGUUGGUUGUAUGUCUGCAUGUCUUGGUAGGAUUUGUGGCUUGAAAGAUAAAUAAACAAAAGGAAAAAAACAGCUAAUUGAUUGAGCAGCAUUAUGAGGCAUUUAGUGUGUGUGUGUGUGUGUGUGUGUGUGUGUGUGUGUGUGUGUGUGUGUGUGUGUGUGUUAGGUGUUACAGCUCAAAGUUUGCACAGAUCAAAUAGGUGUCAUGGCUGUGUGUGUGUGUGUGUGUGUGUGUGUGUGUAAAAGAGUCAUGCAUUUCAGAAUUGUUUAACUUUUGUGUGUGUGUGUGUGUGUGUGUGUGUGUGUGUGUGUGUGUGUGUGUGCGUGAAGUAAUAUUUUUUUUUCCUUUUUCCAAUUUAUUCAUCUUAAUCCACUGACUUAACGAGAUGACACCUGCAUUAUCUUGUUGACUCACUUUCCUGUAUGUGUGAGCUGUAACUUCAUCGUAAUGGAUCAAACAAGCAUUAUCUUUCACUUUCCUCUAUUCCUGCAUAUUUAUUCAUCAUAACCCACUGACAUACUGAGAUGACACAUGCAUUACCUUAAACAAACGACAUCACCCAUUUCCUGCACCCUGUAAGCCUUCACUAACUUAUAUAAACUUACACAAACUAUAUUUUGUAUUUCCCGCACUCUAUAAGCCUUCACUUAUAUAAACAUGCAUUACUUUGUUUCCCUGCACCACUCUAUGUCUUAAUCCACUGUUACGUUAAAAGCAGCACAAGGGUUUCUGUUUGAAGCACACAAGGGCAUUACAGAACACAUAGAGUCUGGUGUCUCUCUCUCCCUUAUGGCAUAGUGGGCUGUGGUGGUGUUACAGACAAGUUUAAUUAGCUCUGGGCAGUAAAAGGGUAUGUAAGAGUGACCUGUUAAAGUUACUAUUCCCCUGUGUGUAGUCAGAAGGGGAUAUGAAAUAAGCUAAGGUGGUUUUGUUACAUUAAGAGAGGAAUAUGGGCUCAGGUGACUUGAAAAGGUACGAAAGUAAGGUUUAAUAAAGAUCAGUUCUCGAGAAGUGUAAAGAAAGUAAAGAUUUUUGAACAAUUUAUCUCUGUCUUGAAUGACGGAAGAAAAAAAAAAAAAGGAGGGUGGUAUGAAAGUAAAGUUUAGUAAAGAUCGCAGUUCUCAAAAGGUGUAAAGAAAGUAAAGAUUCAGAACAAUUUAUCUCUGACCGGAAUGUUAAAAAGAUGAAGAGAGAAGUGAACAGGGGUAACAUUAAGAGCACUGCAUUAUUAAGUAGAUAGACUUCAUUUUGCAUCCAUACGAACAACUUACUGCUGAUCUGAAUGCUGAAAGAUAAACAGAGGAGUGAAUAGGGUAAGAUUAAGGAACCAUUGCAUUAUUAGCUAGAUAAAACUCAUAUUUCUCUGUUUACAUCCAUAUGAACAAUUGACCUAAUCUGAAUGUUAAGGAAGAGAGCAAUGAAGAGGGUAAGAUUAAGAGACUAUUGCAUUAUUAACUACAUAAGCCUCAUUCUUUCAUCUACAUCCAUGCAAACAAUUAAUCUGAUCUGAAUGUCAAGAAAGAGAACAGUGGACAGGAUAAGAUUAAGAGUAUGGCAUUAUUAACCAAAUAAAUCUCAUAUGAACAAUUUAUCUCUAAUCUGAAUAUUAAGAAAGAGAGCUGUAAACAAGAUAAGAUUAAGAAACUGCAUUAUUGACUAGAUAAACCUCAUAUUUCUCUAUUUACAUCCAUACAGACAACUUAUCUAAUCUGAAUGGUAGGAGUGAGAGCUGUAAACAAGAUACGAUUAAGAGUAUUGCAUUUUUAACCAGAUAAAUGUCACAUGAACAGUUUAUCUCUAAUUUGAAUGUUAGGAAAAGCAGUGACGAGGGUAACAUUAAGAGACCACUGCAUUACUGAGGGUCUUAGAGAACUGACAAGCUGUAGACCAAAGUGAGACAACACAUGGCUAGUCACAGAGAAAUGAGUCCUGUUGUGUGUGUGUGUGUGUGUGUGUGUGUGUGUGUGUGUGUGUGUGUGUUGCCAUUCUCAAGGUGGUGUAUAAAUAAAACACUAGGUUUUUUUUGCUGUAGACUUGAAGUGUUUUAGUAGCCAGUCUCUCUUGUUAUUGUUGACUGACUAGAGAGAGAGAGAGAGAGAGAGAGAGAGAGGUGUAAGUGUCAUGAGAAGAGUUUAUUCCAGACUAGUGUGUGAAAUAUGCACUUUAUUAUUGUUAGCAUUAUUAUUAUUAUUAGUGAAACAUUUGUACAAGUUAAGAAUGAAGAUUGAGAGAGAGGCGGGUGUGGUGAGGCAAGUCUGUUCCUGAUGAGUACUGACUUAGUGAAUAAAACCUUAAUUUCUUUAUUAUUGAUGGUGUUUUUGAGUUGCUUGGCAUACGUACAACACCACUGCAUUUCUUUUUUUUUUGUGUUACGAGGUGUACAGGGUCUGAUUUUCUGUGUGUUAUGUAGAAUACAAUUAUACAGUGCAGUUUUGUUAUGAGAAUACAUCUUACAAUUGUAUUUUUUGAGUUGCGUGGCAUACGUACAACACCACUGCAGUUCUUUUGUGUGUUACGAGGUGUACAAUGUCUAGUUUUCUGUGUGUGUGUUAUGAGCAAUACAGUUAUACAAUAUAGUUUUGUUUGUUAUGAGAAGCACAUCUUUAUUUAUUUAUAUUUUUUUAUUUAUUUAUUUUGUAUGUGUGUGUGUGUGUGUGUGUGUGUGUGUGUGUGUGUGUGUGUGUGUGUGUGUGUGUGUGUUGUGUGGCAUAUGUACAACACAACACCACUGGAUUCCUAUUUUUGUGUGUUACAAGGUGUACAAUGUCUAGGUUUCUGUGUGUGUGUUAUGAGCAAUACAGUUAUACACUACAGUUUUGUUUAUGAGAAGUACAUCUUUACAUUUUUUUUUUUUUCUCCUUUUUUUCUGUGUUUAAUGAAUGAAGCAAUAAUUUGUGAGUGAUGCAAAUUAAAAUGAAGCAAAACAAUGAUCUUGAUGUGUGUUUAUGUUAUGUUAAGUUAUGAUGUGUUCCCAUUGAUGUAGCAGCACCAGCACCAGCACCAGUGUAUGUGGAAUGCUUGACAGAGAAACAAGUGUGCAUUGAUGGUUGGAAAGAAAUCAUUUGAAACAUGCAAGUGAAUGUUGAAGAAAAUGUACACAUCAGAAAAAAACGAAUAAAUGUCUGAUUCAAACCAAAACGUCAUUAUGAUUUAUGCAAAUUUAACUAUAAAAGACACUGACUCAAAUUCUUGGAGAGAGAGAGAGAGAGAGAGAGAGAGAGAGAGAGAGAAAAACAAUAAAAAUACAAAAAGAAAGAAUAAAAGAGAGAGAAAGAGAGACAUAACAACUCAAACAGAAAGAAAUAUUGUUGUAUAGAUGAUGCAGAGUUAAUUGACAGUGACAGGAGACAAAACAACUCAAGUAGUAAAGUUUGUGUUGUAUAGAUGAAGCAAAGUUAUUAACAGCGACUAGAAAGAAACGCGCCAAAUCUCCCAAUGAAUUACUGUUACCUGGAUGAGUAACUGAUUCAUGAGUGAGGGGAGGAGGGACUGUCAAUCACCAACACCCACUGGAAAGGAAUUACUGUGCUGAGUGAGCUGCAGUCCUUUGGGAGAUGAAGUAAGGAGUGUCAUUGUCCAGAAGGAGAACUGCAUGUACGUAUAUUGAAGACUAUUAUAGACAUCCCAAGCACCACUUUGUUACAUUAGCCAUGCACCACCACCACUAUUACUACUAUGUAUCAUGAUGAGUAAUGUGUAAAGGAGGACUUUGCCAAUUUGUUAAGAAAGAAAGGGAAAAAAUAUGAUUAGUCAACAGUG